UUUUAAUCCAUAAUGGGACGCACUAUUUCUUGUUACACAGAAAAAAAUCACAAUGUAAAUCACAUUUCUUAAACCACAUAUUUAAAUUUAAUCGCACAAUUUCUUUAUUAAAAACUGUCCCAUUCGAUAGAAAGAAAUCUUUACCUAUUUAAAAAUUAAACAUAAAUACACUAGUAAUUGUAAUCUUGUAAAAUUAAAAUAACCUAAAAAUAAUAGCAAAGUUCCAUGACUAUUUGGCAGGUUAACUUUUUAAAAAUGAGGCAAAGUUUAAAUGUCAUUCUGCCACUAUUGAUUGUUAGUUAUAGUGAUGGGUCGUAUAGAAUUAUACCAAAUCUUGGUUUAUAUGGACUAGAAACUUCGGUUCAUUCUCCAACAAGAAUUCCUUUGGGUAAGAUUUUUUUCCGUAAAUGGGGCAUUGCACAAAUUUGAAUUAUUCUAAAUUGAAUUUUCUUAAAUUGGCUUGUAAAUAAUGCGGUCUAUUUCGAAAUUGGUUUUUUUAUUUACCCGAAUGACUCGGGAGGGUUCCGUUUGACAUUUCAAUUAUAUGUCAGUUUUGUAUACAAAGAGUAUGGAAAUACAGAAAGCAAACACUAUAAUAAGCCAACAAAACCACAACCGAUAUGAACACGCACAGAAAUGUAGACAAUUAAAAAUCAAUCAAACACGACAACUUCUUUGAAAUAAACACAAAACUCAACCUAAAUAAAACGCGGUAAAAUUCCAAUUACGUUAUAAUCGAUUUAGGUAAAAAAACUUGACAAUUAAUCUUUGUCAUCUGUCAAACAUAUUUCAGCACACUUUAAUAAUUAAAAAUACAAAAUCCAAAAGUACCAACAUACGAAAAGAAACAAAAAAUACAACGUACACAAACAAGUGACAAAAUGAAUACUAAAUUAACAGUAAUGUUACUCGGCUGGCUCUUCGUACAGUCAGCCGAAAGCUUUGGCAUCUCGUCAUUCGGCAAAGCGAACACUGAAACACCGAAACCUGUGACGCCCACGCCAUCACCCGGUAAGAUAUUACUAUAUAAUGUCAAAAUCACUUUGAAUUUUCACUGUCAACACCUGUAAACAUUGGUUAUUAACACAAACUCGACUGACGGUAGUGUCGGAAAUACGCGCUGUUCCACUUCAGGAUUGCUUUGUUAAUUGCAACGAACAAACUCCACCUCUUCCUACAUAUUAGAUAGCAGACAACAAUCGAAGGUAUAAUAAAAAGAUAUCCGUGUAUCAGUAACCAACCUAUUUUAUACAGAUACAUUUACAAGCAGCGUAUUGGUAUUUGUUCCGCGUUCGUUUCAAAAUGUUCAAACGAUUGUAGCUUUUAAGUAUGAAAUGUAGAUGAAUACGAAUCUAAUACUACAUUAGUAAAGCCCGUAAUAACACCAAUUGUUGGAAUGGGAUAUUCGCUUUAAAACAUCACUACCGCACAAAAGACAGGCGUCAAGUUGAAGAAACUCCAAUGAUAUGAGUAUGUGUGCCGUAAUCCUGAUUUUAUUCCACUUUCCUUCCCUUUUCUUAUAAGCAAAUAAGGGCAAAGUGGAUUUGACUGAUAAGAUGCGUGGAAAAGGGAUAUGUGUUCUUCUUAUGCGUUUCCUAGUUUUGCAGAUUAAAGGCAAGGCAGCAAUUCUGUUUCAUUUAUGGACCCACCGCUUUGUUAUUUCGGUGAAUUGAAGUGGCCUUUAAAUCUUUUGCCACCUUAUAAAUAUCGAAAAACCUAAGUUGUCAAUAUCGGUUCAGUCCUUUAACCUACAAGUCGCAAUGGAAUUUGAGUACAUACAAAAAAUAGACACCAAAAUGUCUUCCUGAGUCAGUCGGGUAAAAUAUGUUUUGUACAGGUGUUUAGACAGUAGAAACUCACGAUUAAUACGAAACAUACAAACAAGCACACAUCAUGCAUGUGCAUCAUUAAGUACAGCUUACAAGUUACACGAUCAUAAAUACAUUAAGUUAUAAAGACUCUGUCAUUUUGACAGUUGUCGCUUUUUAGUUGACACUUGAAAAACGAUUCAAAACUUCAACCGAUUCCCAACACUAUCAUUCACUUGACACGUGACAUUACGACGCUAAAAUAUACUGAACACCACAUCUUGAUCCCGUUGUCCUAAGAAAUACUUACAAAAUUAAAAAAAAAUACUUUACGCUUGAAUUUGGAACGAAGCAAACGGAUGUUUCAAUUUAUAUCUUUGUCUAAUCAAUUAUUGAUCUUCUUUAGCUCAGUUUUUUGUAUAAAAACAAUUUCGUAUAAAAACAUCAAGAUUAUUCAAUAAAUAGAAGUAUAUUGAAAUAAAAUCAAAUGCCAUUCUCUCUCUCUAAUCACUCGUAAUAAAGUGUUCCAAUCACAUCCGAGUGAGAGAGACGAAAAAUUUGACCAUAAAUUAUAAAUCUUGUCACACACAAUGCGUGUAUUGUGGAAGAUCGAGAUGUGGUGCAGAAAACAAGCAGCGGCCGCCAUUCUGCCACUGCUGCUGGUCGGUUGGCUGACAGGGGAAUCAUCAGAGGCACUUACAACCUUCGGAAAGAGUAACACCCAGCCUCCAAAGGAAGUAGCACCUACAGCUCCGCCAGCACGUCCGUGUUCCCGUCAAGCGGAAUGCGCUGGUAUCAGCAGCUCUUCGUGCGUUCGGACUCACUACGACUCUGUGACAAGAUGCCUUUGCGGCGACAAUUCUCCGCCAUUGAACGGACAAUGCGAAGCUCAAUCUAAGCUUCUCUACCACGUUUGCGCUAACAGCGACGAAUGUAAUGACGGAUUGGUGUGCGGUACGCCCAACAUCACCGGCAACGCUCAGCCACAUCUCCGAGUCCUGACACCACAGGACAAGAUCUGUCUCUGUGAUGCUGAGAGUGGUUACAGGGAACGUGAAUAUACUUGCAGUGAUGCUGAAAUACUGAAGACGUCCAUCUUUGCCGUCAUCUUCGUUGCUAGCUUAAGGAAAAUUGUACUUUAAACUAUUUGACUUUACUGUUUUUCUAAUUUUUUUCUUGUUAAUCCAAAUAAGUGUAUCGAUUUUUAAAAACGACUUGUAAUAUCGUAGGUAUUAAAUGAUGUGUCACUCACUUUCAUACUUAAUCUAUGACAAACAUCGUUAAAUAAUAAUUGCUUUUUUAAUAAUGCACAGCAAAAGUCAAAAGCGAUGUCUAUUUCAAAUAUUUUUUUUAUGUUUUAGAUAAAUACACAAGUAGAUAGCAAUUUGUUUUAUAAUUGUUAGCAUUUCUAUUAGAAUAAGAAGUCAUAUUUAGUCUAUGAUAAACGUCAUU